AAAGCGGAAAAUUUAAAAUAUCAGGUCGUUCGAAACAAAGUCGUCGUAAUGUUCGAACCUAUAAUAGGAGAAGUGCACGGAAAUUGACGGCAAGGCGCCACGUAACCCCAUAUUUGCCAUCGAUAACACAUGCGCUAUCCGAUUUAAAUGGGUCAAGAAAAUGUGGAUCUAACCGUGGAUUUCUGAAUUUUUCGACUCGACGUCGCUGCUGGAACAAUUAAUUCUUCUGUCACUUUGUUUUUAAUGAGGAUCUAAACAUGAACAAGGGUUGUCGUUCGCAGACGUCAGAAGAACGUUGUGUGUUGUGCAGAAGCAGUGAAGAUGAUCCUGCUAUGUUUGGAGAAAAAAUCACCCUGAAAGAACACAACCUCACUCUCCAUUACUUCUGUCUGCUGACCUCUUCUGGUGUGUACCAGCGUGGAAAAGAGAAUGAAGGAGUGUUUGGUUUCCUGGUGGAUGACAUCAAACAGGAAGUCCACCGUGCAGCUCGACUGACUUGUUGCUACUGCAGGAAGAAAGGUGCUUGUGUUGGCUGUAACAAGCGCAGCUGCAGGAAGUCCGUUCACUUUUCUUGUGGCAGAAAGAAUAACUUCAUCUUUCAGUUUAGAGGCCUUUUCCCGUCAUACUGUCAAGAUCACUCUCCCACUCAGUCAUUGUGUGUCAGCUCCAACCUCAGUCUGCCUAAUUCCUGCUCCAUCUGUUUGGAGGCCAUUGAACCCGUCCUGUCCUACUCCAUCCUCAAGUGUCCGUGCUGCCACGCCAGCUGGUUCCACCGAGACUGUGUGCAGCGUCAGGCCCACAGCGCCGGCCUCUUCUUCUUCAGAUGUACCCUGUGCAACAAUCAGGACAACUUCAGGGAGGAGAUGCUGCGGAUGGGAAUCUUCAUCCCAGAGAGAGAUGCUUCCUGGGAGUUGGAGGCAAACGCGUUUUCAGAGCUGCUUGAAGUUUACCAACACUGCGACGCUCCCAUCUGCCAGUGCAACAAUGGACGCACACACUCUGCCAAGCUCGGGUAUUUUGAGUUGAUUCGAUGUUGUCUCUGUGGAUCCAGAGGAACUCACCGUAAAUGUUCGGAGCUGAAGUUGGACAUCAAAGACUGGGCCUGCAGCGAGUGCACCGGGGCCACUGAUGGAAAAGCCUCCCUGGUCACAUCUCCUAAGGUCAGCUCAAGGAGGAGUUGGUCCAAACGUCACCUGUCAACAAUCCAUUCUCCUAUUAGCAGUAAAAGGCCAAUGACAUCUGUCACCAACAGUUCACCUGAAGUCAUCCUGCAGACUCUGGUCACUCAGCUGGGUCCACACAGUGCCCAAGUGGAGGUGAGCGGGUGUCAGGCUCUACAGGCGGGACUAAACCUGGUCCGGUCACCUGACUUUGAACCCACUUGUAGUCUCUCUGUCAGAUUCAGUAAAGAACAGGAGGAUAUGUUUCCAAAGAGUUUGCAGGACAACGAGGAAGUAGCAAAACAGUACUUCCUGAAGUUGUUAGUGCAGCAGAUCCAGAGCAGUGUGGUGUUCGAGGGUCCAGAAGGAUGUAAAAAUCUAUCGCUGGAUUCUCUUGCUCUCCGUGAAGAUCUCUACUUUGACAUUGGCUGCCUCCUGGCCCUCUGCCUGGUCCAUGGAGCCCUGAUUGGCUUCUUCUCCCCCGGGCUUUUCCAGUGUCUGUUCAACUUCCCGGCCAACUGCCCGCUCAGCAUCGAUCACAUGACGCCUGACAUGCAAUUAACACACAAUGUCAGGAUGAUCGCGGAGGCGGAGACUCUGAGUGACCUCAGGGACGCCAUGAUUUCUAGCUGGCAGUUCUUAGAGCUCGCCGGCUGCAACAGGUUGGUCAACAGGCUGGAAGAGAAAGAAGAGGUUGUGGAGGACUUAGUCAGCUUCACCUUGAUCACCAGGAUGCAGCUCCCUCUCCAGAGGUUUCGAGAAGGUUUGCAGACGUUGGGUGUCUUUAAACAGGUGCAGCUCUUCCCCUCCUUUUACUCUGCUGUCUUCUGUGAAGCAGAAACUCCACUAACUGCCCAGACCCUCAGUAAGUUUUUCACCAUCAGACUGUCUGAGCAGCAGGAGAAGCUGAACAAAGAGACGCCCAUCGUCAGCUUCUGGAGACACUUCCUGGUGGAGUGUGAAGUUGGGAGGGCUUCCAUUUCCCUGCAGGACCUCCUACUCUUCUCCACAGGAGCUGAGAAGCUCCCAGUGCUCGGCCCCAUCUGUCCUCGUCCUUCUAUCUCCUUCUUUCACAGUGCCUCCUCGGCUGAUGAUGACAGGGAGGAGGAGUCGAAGGAGGUGUGCUUGUUUCCUCGCAGUGAUCCUAGUUCCUAUUCUCUCCUGCUCCCAGUCUGCACCUCCUAUGUGGCCUUCAAAAGCUCCAUGGAGCAGGCAGUCAGCCACCACCUGCACCUCCUGCCUGCAGUCGGUGAGAGAGGAGCAGAUCAACAGAAGAGGAACAUCAGUAACCUGCUUUGACGUAGUGACUUUGUUAUUUUUGUAAAUCUUCUAAACAUGCAUUAAUGCAGCCAGAGACUAGAAACUAAACAGACUACAGUAAAACAAACCCAGGCUGAACCAGUACCACCACACACACGUCUCUUUUUUGGGUUUUGUGAUUUUUUUUAUCACAAAACCCAACCUUUUUUUUAUAUUUUCAAAGAACACACUAAAGACUUUUGUUUGAAAACCGAUGGUAAGAGAAAAUGAAAACCUGGCAGUACAGAUAUCACCCAAACCAACUGUCUCUGUUUAAUAGCAUUGAAGCUCAGUUUCUGUAUAAGUUUCCUCUUUCUUCUUAAAUAGUUGUUACUUAUUUUCCAGAUAAUUAAAAAUGUUGGCUUGUUUAAAAUAAGACAUCCUGUUUUAAAAUGUUCUGUGUUAUUCACUGAAGUGUUUGCGCUUUUUUUUUUACAUUCUUUCUAAUCUGUUCAUAUUUUUAUUGAACAGGGUUGUCUGUCUUUUACUGUUCUACUGCUUGCGUUUGUCAUAUGUUGUAAUUGAAAAUAAACCAACUUUAUCUGGACAAACUGACUUGUGAC